ACAUUCUCCAACUCUUUUGUUCCCACAAUAUCCGACCACCUUCGAACUGCUGACAUUUCUCUCUACUACUAAGGCGCAAGAUCAGUUUUUGGGACAAAAAAAUUUAAGAUUUUCUGGAUUUUGGUGAAAGGUUAAUAAGAAUUGCACCUAUGAUUCGAACUGAAACUUUAGUUCCUGCUUUAACAAAAUUCAAAACCAUAUUUCCAGCUGGAGGAAAAUUGGUUGGAACAAUGAUCCCUAAGAAGCAAGCAAGUGAUGAUGCCGGAGAAGCCCAAAUGAAGGCGGAGAACAUUGAACCCCUUGUUGCUUUUAGCAGGCCGCCUCCAAUCCCUCCUUUCCUUGGACCUCUAGUUGCUCUUUCAUUGCUUGAAUCAUGGUCGAGACGAGAUAGCAAGGACGGUUAACAGCUGACAUGGUUAAUGCCAUAUGCCUUCUUCUACCUAUAGAAGUAAGAAACUUUUGAAGGUUUUAGAGUCAUGUUAAAUGUGAAGUCUAUCUUGUCUACUAUCUUUAUGUAGGAAAAAUAAGUCGUUGAAAUGUUGUUCUGUUUCUUGGAAUUGGCAAGCUGUGCAUAUCUUCUACUUAUUGAACAUCUCUAUAAUGUAAAGGAAUAACUUGUAGAUAAGUGUAAGAAUGGUGAUUGUGAUACUCCAUAACUUGCGGUACCAGGCAAUAAUUGGACUUA